CAGGCUAUCACUGUGCAGUAGAUGAACAUGCAUAGAGGCGCAUCAAUGUGAGAGUCCAUGCAGAGUAGUAGGUCAGGCUACAGUAAAUAGACUGAGUAGGAGUAGUCCUAGUACUCCAGCAAGCAGCAUAGGUUGGCUAUAGGGAGCAGUGUGCAGACGUCGCUCGCCGCAUGUGCACGCAGACGAGGGGAAAAGCUGAUUUUAUAUAAAUAACACAUGUUCAAAUUAGCUCGCUUAUUCCGGGCACGCACGUUGGAUGCUUCACUCUAUGGAUAAUAUGAGAAGGAGAAGAGGAAUGUAGCUAUAAUUAAUUAAUAGCCUCCUCGUUUUAGUGGGGAGAUUUUAUGCAAGCAAAACAAGAGACCUGUCUAGUAAUGGAGAACCAUGCAGCAGAGCUGCUACAACAGCAGCAGAGCUACGAGGACGUUCGGAAAAGCGGGUAUCUCCGUAAGCAGAAAUCUAUGCACCGGCGAUUUUUCGUUUUGAGGGAAGCCUCGGAAGAGGGCCCWGCCCGUCUAGAAUAUUAUGAGAACGAGAAGAAAUUCCGAAGCAAGUCACCMGUCCCGAAAAAAGCACUGAAUCUGGAGACUUGCUUCAACAUCAACAAGCGGGCAGAUUCCAAGAACAAGCACAUGAUAGUGAUGUAUACCCGCGGGGAGAGCUUUGCCAUUGCAGCAGACAGUGAGGAUGUCCAGAAUGAAUGGUACCAGGCCAUGCUGGACCUUCAGUGGAAAUGUAAAAACCCAGAGGACUGUGGUAGCGGUGGAGAGUGUGGACUCCCCUCUCCUCCAGGCCCCACCUUCAAGGAGGUGUGGCAGGUCAAGGUGUGGCCUAAAGGGCUUGGCCAGGCCCGAAACCUAGUGGGCAUCCACCGUCUGUGCCUGACCGACAAGACGGUCAACUUUGUCAAGCUCAACUCUGACGUGGCCGCCGUGGUCCUACAACUGAUGAACGUGCGUCGCUGCGGCCACUCAGAGAACUUCUUCUUCAUCGAGGUGGGCCGCUCAGCCAUGACGGGGCCUGGGGAGUUCUGGAUGCAGGUGGAGGACUCGGUGGUGGCCCAGAACAUGCAUGAGACUCUGCUGGAGGCCAUGAAGGCUCUGAGUGAGGAGUUCCGCCAGCGCAGUAAGACUCAGUCUGUGGGCGCUACAGGCGGCGGGGGCACCGCCUCCAACCCCAUCAGUGUCCCCACCCGCCGCCACCACCCCAAUCUGCCCCCCAGCCAGGUGGGCUUUGGCAGACGAGCCCGGACUGAGACCCCUGGAGCAGGUGGUGCACACUGCACCAGCACUUCACCCACGCCACGCCACGGGUUCCCCAGGGCACGCACAGCCAGCAUCGGGGGAAGGACGGAGGAGGGUGGAGGUGGAGCCAGAGGGGCAUGGACAAGCUCCAGUCCCAGCCUGAACGGAUCUUGUUCCACUACACCCACCCUAAGACCUAAGCCCACCAGAGCUCCAACCCCAGCUAAGAUCACUCUCAGCCUGGCCCGCUACACCCCCAACCCAGCCACCUCCCCAGCCCCAAGCCUCUCCUCCAGCUCUGGUCAUGGCUCAGAGUGUGGACUAGUCGGAGGGGCAACGGGAGGUGUAGCGAUCUGUUCUUACACCCGCGUCCCUCAGAGAGUAUCUGUGUCGGGUUCCCCUAGUGACUACGGCUCCUCAGACGAGUAUGGCUCCAGCCCUGGAGAGCACUCCCUACUGGUCCCCAGUCUACCUGGAGGGUCCAAUGGUGGAAUGGGACACCAUGCUCAUGGAGAGGGCUCUUCCAGCUACAUAGUGAUGGGCCAGAGAGAGAGCCUCCCUGGGUCCCAUCAGCGUCCUCAGGGCCGGAGGAUGCUGCGGCGCUCCUCCAGCAGGGAGUGUGAGGCAGAGCGCAGACUKCUCAGCAAGAGGGCCUCCCUGCCCCUGACUGCCCACGAACGACUGGCCCCMCGUAGGAAGGAGGAAGAGGWUGAUACGGACCAAGAGUACGCCGUCAUGUCACGGAGUGUUAGCAGGGACGCCUUUGUGUCACGGCGGCGUGGAUCAGGAGGCUUCGCAGCAGGGGGCUUGGAAGCAGGGGCCGUCGUUGGGGAGACCCAGGUGAGGGUUGAUGUGGUCCGAGGAGAGGCGGGAGGAGGAGGAGGGGGACCAGUGGACAGYGGCUACAUGUCCAUGUUACCUGGAGUGACGGCUCCUCCUUUUUCCCUCUCCCUGUCUGUGGCCGUGUCUGACGUCAGCGCCAAGCCUGGGGCUGAUGAUGAGUACAUGGCCAUGACCCCCAACAGCAGUGUGUCCCCCCCCCAGCACAUCAGUCUGCCUGUCUCCGAGGGCUACAUGGUCAUGUCCCCCAACAGCAGCUGCUCCCCAGACAUGCAUGGAAUGGCCAUAUGGGGGAGCAGGGGCAGCAUGGAGAGCCGGGCUGGCAGUGACUACAUGAACAUGUCUCCUAUCAGCAUCCGCUCMGCUUGCAGCACACCCCCCUCACAACCUGAACAGAACCCGCUACAACACAAGAUGGUCUACUCCUACUUCUCUCUGCCACGAUCCUACAAACACACGCUCUCCACACGCUUUGAGGAUGACUUGGAUCAAGGGAAAAGGAAGGAGGGGGGUCAUAGUGACCAAGCCAGUGCUGGAAAUCGGGGUGGACAAGUGGGCUACAGCAAGAGGAACACAGCCACAGUUGGCACUGCAGGAGGCUGUCAACUCUCCCUCUCCUCUUCCUCCUUCUCUUCCAGCUCAGCUAGCAGUGAGAGCCUGGAGGAUCGGCCCAUGUCAGUGGCAGCUGGGGGAGGGCUACGACUAACAAGAACAGGGCCAGGGUUCAGGAACGGGGGAGCAAGCUCUAAGGAUGGAUCCCAUCAGCAGAAACGUGUGUCGCAUGGCCCAGGGGGCCAGCAGAGGAAGCCUCGUCCCCUCAGUGUGUCUGUGGACAUGUCUAAAGCUAACACCUUGCCCAGGGUUAAGGAGAACCUCUUCCCCACAGAGCCUCAGAGCCCUGGGGAGUACGUCAGCAUAGUGUUCAGGGGUGGUYACGUGGGGGGUAGAAGAGGGGGCCAGUGGGGGCCAGAGCACGGACUGUCAGUGACCCAUGGAACCCAGAGGCCCUGGCACCGUCCAGCACUCUGCCACGGUGGCUCCACSAACCUCCCCCGCAGCUUCUCUGCACCGCUGGCCACCUCCGCUGCKUUGGCUGCCUCUACUGAGUACGUCAACAUGGAUUUGGGGAUGGGAAACUCCCCUUGCCCCUCCACUGGGACCCCUGUUAAAUCACCUUUUUGRCCGCCCCCAGCUAUUGCCCCCAAGCCCCCAGUUGUGGCCCGUAGUAGGCCCUCUCCUAGGGCAGCAGAGGGCAAUGUAGGUGGGCAUAGGGCAGCAGUGCCAACAUUCUUACCCACUUCAUAUACAAACUACACAGAGAUGGCCUUCAGCAUAGUUUCAGAGCCUAACCCUGCAGGACCCGCCAUGCAUGCUGCCCAAGCUUCAUCAAUGGAGCAGGAAUCAAGCUUGGACUUCCCCUCAGCAAGAUCCUACUCAUCUCCUGACCAGAACCAGAGCAGCAGGCUGGCCAGAGACAGGGUUGGCAGGGGCGACCAACUGGGACGGAGACGCCACCGCUCMGAGACAUUCAUCAUUACUCCUCCUCCUCUCCCCCUCCAGCUGUCCUCCUCAGGCUCCUUGCUCUUGGAGAGUGCCCAGACAGCAGCACCUCAUCGACAAGGAGGACUGGAGAGGGGUUCACCAUGGGAGAAUGCCCAGGCAGAUGCAGCCACAGCCCAGGCUUCAUCCUCUGGGUCUGCUAAACAAGGCCUUAACUACAUUGAUCUGGACCUGGCCAUUAAUAAGGAAGGCUCUCAGAAUGAACUGGAGGGGGGAGCCACUGCCCCCCAUAACAUCUUCGCUUCAGUCCACAAUGGGGCAGGUGGGGGAGUCAUGAUGGGAGACAUGACUGGUUUGGGGAACAACCCUGGCUACGCCAGUAUUGAUUUCUACAAAUCAGAGGAGCUGAGGGCACUUCACCAGAGCAGCAGGAAAGAUGGGAAAGAAUGUUAAUGAUCCAUCUUCAUCUGGACAUUGCUCCUGGGGUUGAGCAGCACUGUCCUAACUAGCCAUGGUGGGAUUGGUUGGCAACAGUAUGUUUCCCUACUGACCUUUCUCACUGGAAGAGGAGUAACAGAGGUGAAGGCAAACCCAUCAAAUCAUCAUUAACUCUUUGUCAUCCUGUCCAGUUGUUGCUAUCCAAUACUAAUGUGUGCCAAAAGACUACUGGUCCAAACCAACACAACAGGGUUCGCUGAGGUAGAAGAAUAUAGCCAAUCAAGAUUACAUUUGUUUCUUUUUCCUUAACAUAAACUUAUGGAAAUUGUUAUACAAAUGUGAAAUAGUAGAAAGGUACAUACUAAAAAAGUAUAUAGUAUACAUAUGUUGAUGAAAGCUACAUAAAUAAAUACAUCUAUAUAUAUAUUAUACUUUUUAAAAAGUGCCUAAUGUUUUGUUUGUAGACAUUUUUACACAGGGAAUCUGGAACUGGUCUGUGAGAGGGAAAACUAUGUUUGUCUCAAAUGUAAUUUUGUGUUAAGAAUAUUGUAAAUAUGUUGAAAAUGACAGAAAACAUAGAGUUUUAGUUAUAUAGUAAGCAUAAUCAAACWGCCUUACUGUGUUUGUGAACUGUACUAAAAUAAUAGCCUCUUUUUACUUUAUGCUGUGCCUCACUCUUCAGCCACAAUGAAAGCUCUCGUUUCCUCACUCUUCUGCCUGAACCCUACCAGUACCAGCUGGAGCUAAGCCAAAAACCAGCGCUGUAUAAUGCCAACCACACACACAUUUGAAUAGUCAUACGUGUGGUUCAGCUGAGCAGGUGAGGUUGAUAGUCGUCACAUUUACUGCUGUGACAUUUACUACUUGUGUUUGCCAGAAUAUUAUGACACUAACAGGCUGAGAACGGUAUUGAAUGUCUGAUCAAUGUGAUUAAAGAAUGCUGUGCGUGCAGGUGCAAGAGAAAGAGCAUGAUUACAGUGGUGAUGGAUAUCAGUUAAUGAAGAUAUUUCCAGACCACAUUUGGCCUCCCACAAUGAUCAACAGGGUAAUUUUUAUUUAUGUAAUAAUAAUAUUCAUUCCUUUCACUUACUUGUUAAGGUUCCCUCAUGCUUUAUAACCACAGUGACUGAAAAUCACAUCACACACACAUCCCCUGUUGCCUGGUCCGAAAUCUGUUUGUUCUUUCUUGCCAACUCAAYACAGCACAAACAGAUCAGGCACCAGGCUACGUCCUCUGUGCAUCCGAAAAAGACACUCAAGUGCCUGGCUGCCUGUGUUAUUUGGUGUCCACACACUAACGGUUACCCUCACUCAUUCUCACUAGGUCCCCCCUUCCCUUAUAUCCCCAGUCCCGUACCAGUUAGAUAUUCUUGCAGAAAAAAACAAGUGGUAUUUUUGAUGUGGUGAUUCAGUUUUAUGAAAUCCCUUUAAUCAUUUGAACAUAGCCCAUUACUGCCAGUAUCUUGUGCUUUAAUGCAGAGAACUUUAGUGCCAAAAUCCUGUAUUACAUAGACUGUGUCCACACAGGAAGCCCAAUUCUAAUCUAURUUUCAGUAAUUGGUAUUUAYACCAAUCAAAUCAACUCUGAAAAAAAUCUGAUGUGAAAAGAUCUGAUGUAAUCGGUCGAAAGACCAAUUAGUGGAAAAAAACAUCAGAAUUGGAUACCUGUGUAAACACAGCAAUAGAUCAAUGGAUUACUCAUACUUCACUAUGGUAGACUUACUCUGUUUUUAAUCUUAACUUUGUCUCACCAUACAGGCCAGUGGCAUUGCUUGAUGUGACUUUUAUAAUAUACUUUUCUUUUUUAUUCUCUUAAAAUGAUUAUUAUUAAUUGGGGAUUUUCAUUCAUGAGCUUCUCUUACCUCAUAAUCAUGUCUAAAGAAUUUGAACAGACGUGACAGUUGGUCUUAAAUCCCCAAGGUCGUCUGAGAAGGUCCCCUACGUUUUGGUUCACUUAACUACCGUGGCUAUGGCCAAGUCCAGUUAAGAGUCUUUCGGUUGGACUGGGUAUCGUUAGACCAUCUUUUAAUGACUUAUUGUUUUCAAUAUUAACUCUCACAUAAUACCACACAGCAGCUGUAUAAAGGCGCUUUGCAUUCUAGAAUAACCAGAAUUCUGCCAAGUCUGAAGAUUCUUAGUUUGGUGAACUGCAGAGACGUGUACAAAGUGAUGUAGAAAUGAGACAUACAGUACCAGUCAAAAGUUUGGA